GUAUCGUGGCUUAUUUAAUGAACAAUAUAUAUAUAUUAAUCUCCGAUCAAAAACUUGGUCAAACAAGUACUGUUAAAUCGUUCUUCUUCUUAAACAAAACUAUGGUUAAGGAACUUUUGGAGAAGGAAAUGGUUCCAGCAUUCGUUCAAGUUGGCCAUAAAUUGAAAGAUAUCUAG